AUCUGAUUAAUGGACUCUGGGUGAUUCAUUUUUCAGCUGACUAGCUUCCCUUCCUCCCUUCCGUCAUUCAUUGCUCCGUGUACAGCGUUUGGCUUUUCUGAUGACACCGACGGCUAUCUACACUCCUUCUCCCCCCCCAAUCACCCUAGAAGUCAAGAAACCCUCAAUCAAUGGAUCACCCUACGAAAUUCUCAAAGGGCCUGCCCUUGCGAUAGGUUCAUUGGACACUGCUCAGGAUGGAAAGUACCAGUCACUUCUUAUCCGUCUCGAUGCACAGGCAGGGCAGGCCGCCGAAAGGCAGAUGCUUGAUCGGCUCGUCGAUGGAGCAAUUACGUUGGCUCCAUCGAGCUAUACUUCCAUCCAUGUUGUGCUCUCCGCAUCAGAAUAUACUUCACUCUUGCCAAAUCUGCAAUCUCUCCUUCAACAGAUCCUCGCUGGUCUAUCCCCCCUGGGAACUCUCCACCUUCUUAAUAUAACUGCGGGCUUCCUGAGUCUGCCUCAGGAGUUGACUCUCGCUGGAUUCACUGUCAUCGAGAGCGUGAGAGAUGGUGCCGACGCCAGAAUAAUUGCUCAGAAGCCUUUGCCAAUCGCAAUGCCUCUACCUUCCGCACUUCUUCUCCGAAAGAAGACCAACCCUGCCAAGCAGUCCUCUAAAAAGGCACUUUGGGCCCUCUCCUCACCCUCCACUCCCACCAUUGAUUCCGAAGCCCUCCUGACAGCGGCAGAUCGUGUGCGUCCAGUCCCCACGUGCGAGCCUGUCAUUGCAGGUGCGCCAAGGCGUAAGAAGGCGUGCAAGAAUUGCUCAUGUGGCCUUGCUGAGCUUGAAGCCGAGGAAACCAAUGCAGGUAAAGUAGUUCUGCUCGACAGCGACAGCGCUGUGGAGGUGGGGGUUGGUGACGUGGCGAAGAGUUUGAGUGCCGCCGCUAAAGCUGCACCCAAGGCAACUAGCAGCUGUGGAAGCUGCUUCUUGGGCGAUGCAUUCCGAUGCGCCAGCUGUCCAUAUCUUGGUCUGCCUGCAUUCAACCCGGGCGAGAAAGUGGAGAUUGACAUCGGGAUGGAUGAUAUCUGAUCAUUAUCAUUACACUAACAUCUUUGUGACGAUGUCGCCAUACCUCCAAGUAUGUAAACGCUGUAUGACAUUAUUUACAUUGUACCAUAUGACUUACGACACAUUA